CCUCUACACUAUGCAUCGUUCCAUUUUCAAUAAGUGUCAGUGUCAUCAUUUAUCAAUUAUCGUUUGAUUAUUAUAUUUUACAAUAUAAUAUGUGUUUAACAAAAGUCCGAAACAUCUCCUCCUAAGGGCAAUGAAACAGUAGACUGCAGUUUUCUUCAUACUUGUGCAUUACAUGCAUUGAAACGCAAUGUCAAUCCAUACAUAGUAUUUGCUUUGUAAACUGUUUUUAAGUUAAAAUCCAUAUCCAUAAACAGUGUAAAAACAAACACCUACAAAACAUACAUUUGCAUCUAUACGAUACGCGUCUAGAACCACAAAAACUGAUUUACAAUGCGCGAAUUUAAGGUUGUUGUGCUUGGGUCGGGGGGUGUUGGUAAAUCAGCCCUCACAGUGCAAUUCGUUUCGGGAUGCUUUAUUGAAAAGUAUGAUCCCACAAUUGAAGAUUUUUACCGCAAGGAAAUAGAGGUUGACAGCUCGCCAUGCGUUUUGGAAAUCCUCGAUACAGCGGGCACAGAGCAAUUUGCAUCCAUGCGAGAUCUCUACAUCAAAAACGGUCAUGGUUUUAUUGUAAUGUAUUCACUAACCAAUCAUCAGACAUUUCAGGAUAUAUCUAGUAUGAAAAAUGUGAUCACUCGAGUUAAAGGAAGUCAGCCAGCACCCAUCCUACUAGUCGCGAACAAAUUUGAUUUAGAUUGCCAAAGAGAGGUAUCCACCGCUGAAGGUAAUGCCUUGGCACAACUGUGGGACUGUCCAUUUAUUGAAGCAUCAGCUAAGGAUCGGAUAAACGUAAACGAAGUAUUCGCCACAAUUGUUCGAGAGAUGAAUUUGACGCAAGAAAAUCGGCAAAAAAAAAAUUACUGUUGUUGUACGCUUUUAUAGAAAUUUUGUAAAAUUGUAAGAUUAUUAUAGUUAAAAAAUAAAAUUACUAAUAUUUAAUAGAUAACGAA